AGCCGGUUCAACAGAGUACCUUUACAAGUAUUUCAACACUUAGACUACAACAGCGUGAUUCCUAUUUUUGUCGAGGAUGCUGUGCCUGACGCGUCGUGCGCUUCUCCAGCGUUCUCGCACCGGGCUGGAGAAGUUCCAGAGCCACAGCAGUGGCGCCACGCCCGGUGUCGACAGCUCCAUGUCGGGCAAAAUCAAGACGGAGAUGAAGAAAAUGCUCAAGAUCCAGCUCUUUCUCAUCCCGAUCUGCGUCAUCGUGAUGGUGUUCAUGUUCCCCACGCCGUCCGAGGCGGAGGAGCGGCGGAUGCGUGAAGAGUACGAGCGCAAUGCGGGCUGGAAGACAUAA